GAGUCCCGGAGGUCCUUCGCGGGCACAGCGUCUUCCAACCGCAAUUAAAGAAGAGAAGAAGAACACAGCAGCGGUUAGCUAACGCUAGCUGGUAUUGCUAGCUAUGUUUACUUUAAGUUACGCCCGUGGACAACAUACGUAACUUCACGCGCUUUUUGAUUAAUAUUAUCAACACAGGUCUAUUAGCAAAUCGUGAAUGGUGUGGACUCGGACUCUUAUAUUUUGGUUGCUUCCUGGGUUACUCUGACUUCUUGUCAUCCACGUGGAAGUUAAGCUGCGUCCCAUGAUUUCUAGAUCUAGACGGCUCUAGCUGGAGGCUAACAACAAAAAAGGGGAAGCCAUGAACUUCCAGGGCAGUCGGAGGCGAGGAGAGGAGGGCAUCGCCGUGGUGAUUGAUUUCCUGCUGUCGAAUGCCCAUCUGGUUCUGGGAGUCGGUGGGGCGGCCGUGCUCGGAAUUGCUACCCUGGCGGUGAAACGGCUGAUAGAGCGCGCGGGCCGUGCAGCCGAGGACGAGAAGGUGAAGCAGAAGAUGGCUGAGAGCUGGGAGGAGCUGAGUUCGGUCUCCGCUUCUCCCACGCUGCUCAAGAAGGGCGUAGAGGGCGUGAAGCACGUCGCCAAGGCAGCCAGACAGCAGAAAGCGGAACUUUCGCAACAACCCCAGACGUCCUCUUCAGAGGUGCCACCCAAACCCGCGUCAAAGUCCAAGAGGCUGCAGCUGUGCGCGCUCAGUUUGCAGGAGCGCCUGCAGCAGUACUAUCACACGAGGGCGGCCCUCCAUCCAGACGAGGUGCUGAGGGCUCAGUCUCUGGCCGUGGACAUCUGCAGCGAGAUCCAGGGCUUUCUGCACAGCCGGGUUCCUGACAUGCCGCUGGGAGAGAUGAGCCUCGGAGGUUCUCUACUGGAUGACCUGCAGGUGGUCAGUGCGGACCAUGCUUGUCUGCUGGUGCCCCUACAGCUGGAAGCCACUCUGUGGCGCCUCAUCCCCGGAGAGGAGACGCUGCUCACACACCCGCUGCACUGGAUGAUCCGACGAGUCAAUCUGGAAUAUUUCCCCAGAGGACUCAGCUACUGGGACAGGCACCUGGUGGGGGGGUACCUGUCUGCAGAAGCGGUUGUGAACAUGUUUAGUAAGACGGUGAUGGAAAGUGUGAACUGGCUGUCCAUCAGCAGCACUCUGGACUGUCUGGUCAGACCUGUGCUGGGAGGACCUGACCUGAGACUGGAGAUCAGGCCUGGAAAUGAAGACGGGGCAGCGAGCAGCGAACCGCCCGUGUUCAUCUCCGUGCUGCCUCUGCUGACGGAGGAGGACGUGGUUCUGACCGCCCAGCCGGAGCUCACGGCGCCCUGGGUCAAUGCCUGGCACCUGUCCCUCUACCCGUGGGAGAACCGCCGACUGACUCAGCUCGACGCCGCCGACGGCGGGCGCCGCCGCCACGCGCUGAAGAUCCUCAAGGCGGUGUGCAGACUGAACCCUUCCCUGCGGCCGCUCGGAGCCGCGCCGCUGGCCAACCUCAUCCUGCACCUCAGCGACGCCGAGGGCGACUGGUCCGAGACCAGCCUGCAUGUGCGAUUCCGGCAGUGCGUCGCCGAGCUGAUCGGCUACCUGGAACAAGGGGCGCUGCACAGCUACUUCAAGCCGGCUGUCAAUCUGCUGAGCGGCUUGUCGGAGGACCAGGUGGACCGGAUGGGUUUCAUGCUUUACUGCGCCGUGUCGGAGCCUGAAAUACUGCUCAUAUAACUGUGUGCACGCGCAGUAUCUUUCAAGCUCUGACACACACACACACACACACACACACACAGAUCAAAUGAAUAAGACGUCGUGCUCUGACCACUGCGUUCUUGCCUUGUUUAGCUCCUCCCUCCUGCUUUGAUUUUGGAAUUACAGAAUGUGCAGCACGCGCCUCGCCGGGACGAGGAGACGCGAAACCGAGACGGGAUGUGAAAGCGAUUUAGAGGAAAGGAGACGAAGUGUUCACCCAACGGGUUUGAGGUGACGCUUCAGGACGUGCGCGGUCAAACCAGCCACCAGAGUCUGCAGUGGAGUUUGAAGGGAUGUAGCUGCUUGACGGGGCGUCGGCGAUGGUCACUGAGGCCACGCGGCGCUCGGAAUACCAGCAGAGGAGCGCUCAUCGCCUCUGACUGAUGGCGAGUGCUCGGCUUUAUUUUCCUAAACCUACUUUAAUAUAAUGUAAGUAUACAGACAAUUGAUGACCUGCUAAUGACAACAGGUUUUAAUGCAUUUAUAAAAACCUGUCCAUCUAACUUAUUUAACGCAAAUGCUAUAUUUUGUCAUAUUGAGUGUUAAAGUGUGCAGUAUUUUGUUUGUCUUGUUUGCUGUUCAGUGGGUUGACUCUUACCUGGGUUAACUAACCUUUUUUAGAUAAAUAAAGUUGCCUUCUAACUGAAGGCUGUUGGUUUUAAAUACCGUAUGAAUGUUGGGACUAUUUCUUGCUGACUGAAAGUUAUUUUCUGUAAAUGAACACACUGCAAAUAAAAAUGAGUAUUUGUUUUUAUUC